AUUACCGAUACACGAAUACAAGAUGUAUUACGAAUACCUUAAUGAAUACUAAUAUAUCGGUCUCACCCUUACUUGGGACAUUCUUUUGUGCAAAAUUUGCGAAUCAAGGUUGUUGUAUGUUUUAAAAAUAAAAAUGCAGGCAACCAUGAAACCUUAUGUUUGUAAAGUCUGUAAAAAAUGUUUUGUAUUUAAAGAGAACUUUAAAACGCACAUGAAAAUGCAUCCUUCUGAAAAACGUUAUGGUUGUGAAGUGUGCGAAAAACGCUUUACACAAAUUUGUGAAUUAAAACUACACAUUAGAGUACAUACUGCGGAAAAACCUUACAUUUGUGAAGUAUGUAGAAAACGUUUUGCCCAAAUUGGUAAUUUAAAAUCUCAUAAAAAAAUACAUACUGGAGAAAAACCGUACAUUUGUGAAGUGUGUAGAAAAGGUUUUACCCAACUUCAUCAUUUAAAAUAUCAUCUAAGAAUACACACUGGAGAAAAACCGUACAUUUGUGAAGUAUGUAGAAAAGGUUUCUCCCAAAUUAGUAGUUUAAAAUCUCAUAUAAGAAUACAUACUGGAGAAAAACCGUACAUUUGUGAAGUGUGUAGAAAAGGUUUUACCCAACUUCAUCAUUUAAAAUCUCAUCUAAGAAUACACACUGGAGAAAAACCGUGAAGUGUGUCAGAAGUGCUAUGCACGAAAUUAUAUUUUGGAAAUACACAAAAGAAGACAUACUGCAGAGAAACCUUAUGUUUGUGAAGUUUGUAAAAAAGGUUAUGCAC